CUCAUUCCCACUCAUUCCUCCUCCAUUCUCCAGCAUCCAUUUGUGGUAGAUUUCCGCCCCUAGAUUCCACUUCUCCAGAGUCCCACCUGAAGGAUCUCAACUUAUUCUAGUGCUUCCAUCGCUGUGUCGCCUACAUUUAUAACGCGUAUGGCGGCGCCCAUGGACGUCCUCGUCGCGCGCCUCGAAGCGGCUGUAGCCCGCCUCGAGGCGUCGCUGCCCUCCCAAACCUCCACCGCCACGUCAGCUCCUGCCACGUCCGCGUCGGCUGCCGCCGACCACCCGUCGGUGCAGGCGUUUGACGCGAUCGUGACGGCGAAUCUGCAGAAGGUGACGGCGGCCGCUGAGAAGAUCGGCAGCGCGGAAGUGACGGCGGCGACCAAGGCGCUGGCGGAGGCGUUCGAGGCGGAGAAGAAGAUCGUCGCCGCCAUUGCGACCUGCAAGAAACCCGAUGCGUCAGCGCUGCCGAAGCUGCUGGAGCCGCUGGCGGCAGCGAUGGCGGCGGCGGGCAAGCUGGCGGAGGGCAAGCGCACGGACGCGUACAACCACGUCAAGGCCGUGGCGGAGAGCGUGGCCGCGCUGUCAUGGGUGGCGUACUCCGGCAAAGACUGCGGCCUGAGCCUCCCCGCCCCGCACAUUGAUGAGACCUGGCCAGCUGCCGAGUUCUACACCAAUAAGAUCCUGACGGCCAAUCGCAACACGGAGGGGGGAGCACCGCAUGUGGAGUGGGUGAAGGGGCUAAAGGAGCUGUACACCCAGGCGUUACGGGAGUACGUCAAGAAGUUCCACCUCACCGGCCCCUCCUGGUCCCCCUCCGGCCUCGACCUCCCCUCUUACCUAUCCUCCGCCCCCUCCUCCUCCGCCGCUCCUGCUCCCCCCCGCGGUCCUCCGCCUCCCCCUCCGCCCAUGGCCCCUCCCCCACCUCCCCCCGCGGCGGCAUCAGGCGGGGGAGGGGGCGGGGGAUCGGACAUGUCGAAAGUGUUUUCAGAGCUCAACAAGGGCGAAGCCGUCACGGCAGGGCUGCGCAAGGUCACGGCGGACAUGAAGACCAAGAACCGCGCUGACCGCUCGGGGGCAGUGCCCGCCAGCAUAGGGGCGGGCAAGACCACGUCAGCAGCUGCCUCGGCUGCUGCCAAGCCAGCUGCCACGAAGCCACCCAAGUUCGAGCUGCAGCAAGGGCGCAAGUGGGUGGUGGAGAACCAGGUGGACAACAAGGGGAUGGAGAUCACGGACACGGAGCCCAAGCAGACCGUGUACAUCUACGGCUGCAAGGGCAGCGUCGUGCAAGUCAAGGGCAAGGUGAACAACAUCACUCUCGACAAGUGCACCAAGACUGCUGUCGUCUUCCAGGACGUGCUAGCGGCUUGUGAGAUGGUCAACUGCAGUGGCGUGGAGGUGCAGUGCCAGGGCACGGCCCCCACGCUCAUCGUGGACAACACCAGCGGCUGCCAGCUGUACCUCGCUGCAUCAGCGCUGGGCGCCGUCAUCACGACCGCCAAGUCAUCGGAGAUCAACGUGCUCGUGCCGGGCCCCGACGCCGACACGCCAUGGGUGGAGCACGCGCUGCCAGAGCAGUUUUCAAGCGAGCUCAAGAACGGGGUGUUUGUCACCAACCCCAUCUCGCACACAGGGGGGUGAUCGCUCGCUGGCGAGCAGCGUGAGAGGCCGAGGACGUGCCGGCAAUGCCAAGCACGCACGGUUGGCAGGAUCAUGGCAGGAGGCGGCUGGAUGGAACUGGAUGUGAGCCCAGAUGCAUACCACACAGACUACACAUGUUCUGUUCUUGAUAGGGGUUCUGCACUGUAGUGAAAGGAUGAGGUAGUAGGAAUGGAAUGGAAGCAUGUAUGGUACAAACAUUUGGCAGCUCCCAUGUGGCCUUGUAGACACUGCACUGGCUAGCUCUUGAA